GGCUCUGACCAGUCGGCAGACAAAUCCACGUUCUUCACUCCGCGCUCUGCUGUCCGAGACAAAACAGCAACGGUAUGCCGCGCCGUACCACAGGUAUCCCGAUCUAGUCGCAAACGAAACGAUAAGUUCUUUGUGUGUCGAAACUCGAAUGAUUUUCGAUUGAGGUGCGGUAUCGAGUGUGCUAUUUUCGCUGACAGUUAAACAAGCGAGUAAAGGUGUGAAUAUCUGAAUAACACCUAAAAUAAUUCGAGUUUAGUGAACUUGGCGAAAGAGAUUUGGGUUCGUGACUAUGUGAUGUUUUCGGAGGAGUGAUCUCAAAGUGGUCGCGAAAAUAUGGGAUUUUCUACGAAUCUGCAGGGCAAGAUCGCUCACGAGGCACUGCUGUCCAGACAGGAUGCGGAGUUGAGACUUCUGGAGUCGAUGAAAAGAUGCAUCGUUAUGAAAGUGAAGUGCGACAGGGAUUAUGCUGUGGCUCUUAGUUCCGUUGCUUCCCAGGGGUUGAAGUUUGAUAGAAGCGAUGAGUUAUCAGGUAGUUUGGUGUCAUCCUCCUGGCGAAACAUAAUGGAAGAAAUGGACAGCACCGCAAAACUGAUCCGCCACAAUGCCGACAGCAUCGAGAGCAAAUCUCUGGACGCGCUGAACACUCUGUACGCGGAAAAAAGAAAGGCCAGGAAGGCGUACCAAGAGGAGCACGCUAGGAUUCUGCAUCAAUUCACACAUUUGUCCGACGAAGUCACAAGAAAGAAAACCGAAUAUCAAAAAUAUCUGGAAUUGUACAAACUGAUGCGCUGUAAAUUCGAAGAACACUAUGUUAAGUCUGGUCGAGGAGGAAGGAAGCUUGACGACGUUAGAGACAAAUACCAAAAAGCUUGCAGGAAACUGCAUCUCACGCAUAACGAAUACGUAUUGCUACUUUGCGAAGCUGUCGAAUUUGAAAAAGAUUUCAGGACUGUACUACUUCCAGGAUUGCUGGAACAUCAACAGUCUUUACAAGAAGCGUAUAUCUCCACCUGGAAACAAAUUUUGAAUGAUGUCGCCAAUAAUUCGGACUUGACAUCAGAGAAAUUCAGAGAAAUCCAGAAGAAAAUAGAAAAUAGUAUCGACAGUAUCAAACCCUGUGAUGAAUACAAAGACUUUACGGAUAAACACAAAACAACUCCAACCGAACCAAUAAAAUUCAUUUUCGAUGAAAGUUUAGUAGAAGAUUCAGCCGGCAAGCUCUUGCCCAACCAGUUGACCGUAGACAAUCUGACAGUUGAGUGGCUGAGAAAUAAGCUGAAUGAUCUAGAAGCCAGUAUAAAGGAAAAUCAAGAAAAACGUUCAGCAAUCACGAUCAGCCACGAGGGACUAGCGAACGGAAAAAAUUCACCAAAUAAUGAAAUAAAUAAUAGGCUCUCGACCAUCAGCGUAGACACCUCUAAGAAAGAAAUAAACGAACUGAAGUGCCAAGAGAGGAAGAUGCUGAAGCAAACAGAACUGAUAAAAGGUGCCUUGAAUGAAUUGGGUUGCGAGGAGGCACCCACAGCUUGUGAUCUAUCCAUUGAUAACCAAACUUUUAUCAGUGUAUCUUCUGAACAGGGUGAUGGUUGUCAGAGCACGGUAGUUAAGCAUAGUAUAUUCGAACCUCAAAGGAUAGUCAGUAUGUUACGCAAGCCAUUCAGACGGAAAUCUGCUCCGUCUUCGCCCGUAGCUCCCCCUCGUACUAAAGGCAGGAGGGAGUCCGCCUCUCAUAGCGAAGGGGGAGAUCCCGUAUCACUCACUACAAAUAAAUCCUUGGUGGAAGAAGAAUGGUUCCACGGAGUUCUACCAAGAGAAGAAGUAGUCAGACUGCUUACCUCGGACGGAGACUUCUUAGUUCGGGAAACCACAAGAAAUGAUGAAUGUCAAACGGUUUUGUCUGUAUGUUGGGGAGGGCAUAAACAUUUCAUAGUACAAACUACAACCGAGGGUCAUUUUCGAUUUGAAGGACCAGCAUUUCCUAGCAUAAGGGAGCUGAUUCUCUACCAAGUCAAUAGUGGUUUACCAGUAACUGGUAGAUCAGGUGCCAUUUUACACAAGCCAAUUCCUCGUGAGAUAUGGGAACUCAAUAAUGAUGACGUCAUAUUAUUAGAUAAAAUCGGAAGGGGUAACUUUGGCGAUGUGUACAAAGCACAGUUAAAAAACAACAACGAAAUAGUAGCUGUGAAAACGUGUAGGGUAACUCUGCCAGAGGACCACAAGAAAAAGUUUCUUCAGGAGGGCAGGAUCCUCAAACAAUACGAUCAUCCCAACAUUGUGAAACUGAUAGGGAUUUGUGUACAGAAACAGCCGAUUAUGAUUGUCAUGGAGUUAGUACCAGGAGGUUCUCUAUUGACAUUUUUGAGAAAAAAGACAUCUAAUCUGACAGAAGGGCAGCUCAUGAAGAUGUGCUUGGAUGCUGGGGCUGGAAUGAGAUACUUAGAAUCCAGAAACUGUAUUCAUAGAGAUUUAGCUGCACGUAACUGUCUCGUAGGCUACAACAACAUAGUUAAAAUCUCUGAUUUUGGUAUGUCCAGAGAAGAGGAAGAAUACAUAGUAUCGGACGGAAUGAAACAAAUUCCAAUCAAAUGGACUGCUCCGGAGGCACUCAAUUUUGGAAAAUACACCUCUUUGUGUGAUGUAUGGAGUUAUGGAAUUCUGUGUUGGGAAAUUUUCUCAAAAGGAGGCACUCCUUACAGUGGGAUGAGCAAUUCCAAAGCUAGGGAAAAGAUUGACAGUGGUUAUAGAAUGCCAGCUCCAGAGAAUACACCAGACGAGAUGUAUCGAUUGAUGUUAAGGUGCUGGGAGUACAAGCCAGAAAACAGACCAAAUUUUGAACAAAUCUAUAGUGUUGUUGAAACACUGUGUAAUGCUUAUAGAGUGUCUUUUUGUUGACAUUCAUGAAAAAAAAUCUUGGUUUUAAAUAUUUCUGUGAUUAUCUCCACACUGAUGUGGAAAAAUUACGAAGGAGAUUGUAGAAUUUUACUACAUAGAACGCCAUUUGAAAACCCGACUGUCGAGAGAGUUUUUUGUAAAGUGCCAUACUGUGCAUAUUUUAGUAUGAUGAAUGGGUACUUCUCAUAUUUAAAAUUUCAUAAUUUCCUUCUUUGUGCAAUUCUUUUGAAAAUAUCACUUGAAUAUAUCAACUUCAAUGACAACUCUAUUUUUUUCUUUUUUGUUGAAACUCUUAAACUUGUAUAACCUCACUAGGUGAAAUAUUUUCCAUGUUAUAUAGUCUAGCAUCUUUAUUACUUAAAAGUUUUAAAUAUGAUCUGAAUGAGUGCAGUUGUUUAAUGUUACUGUGAUGAUUGAUGUAAAAUAAUUUUUAUUGUAACAAAUAUACAAUUUUUUAUGUUUUAA